AUGAAUUUACAAGAGAAGAUUGACGAGUAUUUGAAAUUUGAAUGCGAUGAAGAUUUCAUCAAAGAACUACACAAUGCAGGUGGGCAGGAAAUAGUUGAUGCGUUUUCAAAGCGCAUCAAAUUCGGAACUGCGGGUCUUCGGGCUCGCAUGAGUUUCGGAAUAAAGUAUAUGUCAUGUGGAAGCGUUUGGCGCGCGAGUCAGGGGCUCUGUGCUUACUACUUGAAGUCGUUGCCAAAAGACGAAGUGACAAAAACCUGUGUGAUUAUCGGAUACGAUGCUCGUUAUAAAAGUAGGUAUUUCGCAGCGAUAACCGCGGCGGUUUUUUUGUCUAAGGGACUGAAGGUUCAUAUGCAUGACAAAGAAACAUUCACGCCGUUGAAUCCUUUCUGUGUGGUUAAGUACAAAGCAUUGUGUGGUGUUCAGAUAACAGCUUCGCAUAACCCUAAAAUGGACAAUGGAUAUAAAGUGUAUGGCCCGUUAGGAUCACAGAUUUUGAGCCCGGUUGACGUAGAAGUGGAACAAGAGAUUGAAAGCCAGUCAGUCGCAUGGGAAGGUGUGAACGAGAUAAUCGACCACGAAAAUCGCUGGAUCAACUUUAAUCAUCCACUCGUCGCCAACCUCAUCGACAGUUAUGAAGAAGACUGGAAUGAUUACUGCGACGCAGUCACUGAAAAGAUGAACUUAGGUUCAUUCGCGGACGUGAAAUUAAAGAUUGGUUACAGUGCAAUGCACGGAGUCGGUUACCGCCACGUGAAAGAGUUGUUAGAUAAGCUCGAUUAUCCAAAAUUGAGCUUUUUUUCAGUUCCAGAACAGCAAAAUCCAGAUCCUGAAUUUCCGACUGUCAAGUUCCCCAACCCAGAAGAAGCAGGAGCUACCGAUAUGUCGUUAAAAUACGCAGAGCAAAACAAUUGUAAUUUGACGUUUUUGAAUGACCCCGACGCCGACAGACUGCUGUGCAUAGAAUACCAGCCAAAAACAAACAGCUAUUACCAGUUUACCGGCGAUGAAUUGGGCGUGUUGCUGUGUCACUUCGCGUAUGAAAUACAUAGCAAACAUGGUAAAAUGGCAAUGGCACGUUCAGCUGUCUGUUGUGGUUUCAUGGACACUUUCGUAAAGCAUUCUGAAGGAAAAGUCGCCCAAGUUGAGUGUUUAACAGGUUUCAAGUGGUUAGCGACCAACUUACUCAGAGAGUAUGAGACAUAUGGUCGUUACCCAGCUUAUGGUUACGAAGAAGCCCUUGGAUAUGCUUUGUGUGUAGACAUCGUGCCUGAUAAGGAUGGUGUCAGCGCGAUGAUGGGUACAAUUAAGCUUGCCUCUCGUCUACACGAACUGGGUUUAACUUUGAAAGAUCAUUUGGAACAACUCAUGGAGAACUACAAGUACUAUUUCGUGACUAAGAAUGGCUACUACAUCAUAGCGAACACCAAUGUGUUGGGUCAGGCGAUCAAAAAGUUUAGAAACAACAAUUACGAGCUUGGAAUUCCUGACUUCAAAGUUUCCCGAGUAGUUGACAUGGCUAUAUUCUACGACUCAAGCAAACCUAACAACAAGCCAGACCUGCCAAACACAGGCGAAGACAUGUUGAUGUUGACAUUCGAAAAUGGCUUUCACGUUACUUACCGUAACAGUGGAACUGAGCCGAAACUAAAGUACUACAGUGAAAUGGUGAGCGAUAUUUCUCAAGACGAAGCGAGAGCUAACAUAUCGAACUAUUUGCAAAUAGUGUCUGACGCCUUGUUUGCAGGUUUCGAGUUAAAUUAA